CUCCAGGACUUUGGAUAAAUAUCGCAGCAGCUCGGCGUUGGCCUCCCCGUCUGUCGGCGGCGCGGCAAUGGCGACACCCACCGCCUCAUCAGAGACAUCUGUCAAAAAACAACUACUGGGGUGACCCUUUUCCAGAACAGAGAUCCCACCUCCAAAAUGCAGCUGAGUUCCUCCUAUUUCUAUCCAGCUAAAAACUGGCAGAUCACAUUGAGACGCACUGUAUGCACAGCUGCCAAAGUGUUUCAUCUGCACAGUGUCCAGAUGUUAGACAGACACACCACUUGGAUUUCUUUAAAAACUCAUUGAUGACUUCCUUAACUAAAAUCACAAAGGAAAGUUUCAACAUGGAGAACAACCUGAGCCAAGAAACAGAGGAAAACUCUUAUCUCUGUUUUCAGAGAACGCCAUCCCAAAGACGCAAAUGGAGAAAACGCUAUGGAGGGCUGGAUGGCAACAAGCUACUGGAGCCAAACAAGGAUGACGAUGUCAAAGAGAAUGACGAGAUGAAAGAUACGCUCCCAAAGAGGAAUGUCGAACCUGUAAUUUUUACCGGAUGUCAGGAAACAAUAACAGCAGGGAACAUUCCUCAGGCGGUGCCAAGAAAUACCUUUCCAUCCCAAAAGGCAGUCAAUUAUGUUCCCUCAGGAUCCACAGGUUUGCCAGCCUUUAUGUGCAAUGGUGGCAUAAAACAGACGGCACCAGGGCAGGACAAACUUCACACCAGCCAACCAUGGCAAAGCUUGGCCCGACAAGAAGCCCAGCAAGGUCAUGUAAAGAAAAAACUGGCUGCUGAUAUUCUGUUUGAUAGUUUUGCCUCUGGGGGAAGAGUCAAUGCCAAUCAGUUUUUUGAGGCCCUGUGGAGCUCAGGAAUCAUCCGAACAGAUCCCCGGAUUAAAGACUGCUACAGUCUGAUGCGGAAACUUCAGGAAUCAGACGGAACCGUUGACAGGAGCACCUUUCACAGGUGUGUGACCGGCUUUGUGUCUUUCAUUUCGAAGGCAUUGCAAGGAAGAUUUGUUAUACCAGACUUCUCAACUUUCGCAGAGGAAACUCAAAAGUUAUUUAUUAAAUGCAAACAGCUGUCUUCUGUAAAGGAAAAAGAUGUCAAAGAGAGAAGCAUAAAAUGGGGUAUUUCAAUAUGUACAGUCGAUGGGCAGAGGCUUUCAUUAGGAGACUGGGCUGAACCCUGUGUCCUUGGUGAGAUAUCCUGGCCUCUCAUAUACGGCCUUGCAGUGGACCAGCAAGGAGUUGACUACGUGCACAGAUUUGUAGGAAUGGAGGAAUAUUCCAAAUACGAGUCUCCAUUUACCCUAACCAAGCAAGGUGUACCUCAUAGUCCACUUAUUGAGACGGGUGCCAUUAUCAGCACAUCUUUACUACAGCUGGCGAAGAGACCAAUCACUGAAGAAGAAGAAAAGUACGAGUCUGUUUUGAAUAUCAUCCGAAGACUGUGUAACAAAGAGCACGCAAGCCUAAACUGCACCAGUUAUCAAAGUCUGAGAAAGGACAUCAUUCGACUUCAUGCUCUAUCAUUUUACCUGCAAGAAAAGAAAUGCUUUCCAGAAGGUGUGGGGAUCAAUGCUACAUUGGAUUUACUAUUACAGUGUUUAUCUACAGAAGUCACCUGCGAGUCCGGUGCGGCGUUGGCCGCAACUCUAGCCAAUGGUGGGCUGUGUCCACUGUCGGGUGACCAAGUGCUGUCACCCCACGCUAUCCGCAGCACUCUUUCUAUGAUGCAGGUGGCUGGUAUGAACGAUUACUCCAGAGCUUUUCAGUUCAGGACAUCUGUGCCUGCCAAAUCCAGUCAAUCUGGUGCUGUGUUGAUGGUGGUUCCUGGAGUCCUUGGUCUCAUGUGCUUGUCACCUGGCCUUGAUUCCAAUGGGAAUUCCUGGAGGGCUGUCCAUUUCUGUGAGGAACUGGUUUCAACCUUUCAGCUCCACAGUUUUGACAUUAAGACUCCUUUCAGACAGAUGUUGUCCUACAAACAGUGGAAGGUGGAGUCUGAGGGAUACCAAAUCAUGAAUGUUCUCUUGGCUGCUUACAGAGGAGAUAUAGUGUCUUUGCGCAGGUAUCUCCUCUCCGGGGCAGAUGUGAAUGCUGUGGAUUAUGAUGGACGAUCUGCUCUGCACAUUGCAGCUUCAGAGGGACAUCUGGACAUCAUCAAAUUCCUGGUGGAGAACGCGGGGGCAAACUGCAGACUCAAAGACCGGUGGGGUAACACGGCUUUAGAGGAGGCCAUGAGAUCCAAUCGAGACCCUGCCAUCCAGCUUCUGAGGAAAUACACAGAUUAUGAAGAAAGUUUAUGAUGCAUAAAUUUAGUCUUGAUAUUACAUUUUGAGUACACGUACAGACUAAUUAUAUUUAGCAUCAAGAGGAGGUUGUAAAGAGCAAAGAUUUUAUUGUGUAUUCGCAGCCAGACACUCUGUGUUUAUUGGGAAUGAUAAAAUAAGUGAAUAAUACUGUUUCCUCAAUAAAUGCUUCAACGGAACAGACAUUAAAGUUCAGACAUGCUGCUAAAUAUCUAUUUUGGUUUUCCACAGAAGUAAAAACAUAAAGAGGAAA